GUCAAUUUCAGACAGCUCUAUCUAAAUGUUAGCCAAUCAUAAAUCAUGAAUAAUACCAACCUUCGAAUAAACCAAUACAAUUAAAUUCUGUAGAUAGGAUAAGAAAUAUUUUAAGGGAUUCGGUAAUCAGCUAUACAGACAGAUACGAAAAUCCAAAUCUCUUUUCAUUAGUUUUAUUUCAUAGUGUUAAUUCGAUCAGUAUAUGAAAUUAGUUUGCUAUUCUCGUAUUUCCUGCUAUCUUGAUGAUCUACAAUACUAAUGCAAAGAUGCUACAUCUAUUUCCAAUUCUACUGUUAAUGAUUCUUAUGUCAACAGGUCUAAGUCAUCGUUGUUAUGUGUGUAGUAAGUGUCGAGACCCAUUUGAACGUCAGGGUACGGAAAUACAGUCUGGUUGUACCUUCUGUUCAACAAUAAGAACAUAUAUUCAAGACAGACUACAAGUAACUAGUCGUAGUUGUGUUCCAGUUUGCGUUGAAGCUGAUGCUAGAAGAUCCGGGUCAGGAAUUGUCACGUCAUGCUGUGAAGACGAUUUAUGCAAUUCUAGUGGACAAAUAAAAAUAUCCAUGACUUUAAUCCUGUCUUCAAUACUUUUUGUACUACCAUUGUUAUCAACCUAUUUUUAAAUAAAAAUAAAACUGGUAUUUUUCUCCCUGUUACUAUUAGCACGAAAAGUUCGAUUAUCCGUAUAUCUCACUUUUAAAUAAUUCUAGAAUUUAUACUCCAUUUAUUAAAACUUCAUUAUGUUUUGUCCACAUUAUCAGUCAUUCUUUCAUAAUAAAAUAUCUAUCAUUAAGAGGUAA